AUCGAUUGCAAAAUAGAAAGUGAUGGGUAGCUACGAAACACUCUACGAAGCAGUAAGAAAUGGGCAUAUCGAUCAGGUGGAGGAAAUGAUUGGUAGGAACCCUGCUAUUCUUGACGAAGCUUACAUGGAAACAACAGCAAACGCUUGCCUACUGCAUGCUGCAGUAUUGGCUGGCAGAGUCCAAUCUGUGAAAGUGAUUAUAGAUCAUAAGGAAGACUGGAUUGAAAAGUUCAACAACGAUGGUCUUGGUGCGAUUCACAUGGCUUCAGAAAAAGGAUCUGCAGAGAUUGUGAGAGAGCUUUUAGACAAAAAGAGUGGGCAGAGUCAACUAAGAAGUACUGAUGGAAGAAAAGCCCUCCAUUUUGCAGUUCUCUCAGAAAGUGAGGGUGUUUUAGGAGAACUGACCAGUAGAAUGCAACGAGAUCGGUUCAUUUCUUAUCUCAAAGAUGAUAAUGAGCCUAUCCUUCACUAUGCAUUAAGGAAAAACCGGGUUCGGUCCUUUAUGCACCUUCUGAAGCUGCUUAAGGAGAAGAAUCUCAACGACGAAGAUAUUAGAAGUUUUUUAAAUGUUAAAGACGAUGAUGGCGACACCGUUUUGCAUAUUGCGACUGCUAGGAGACAGAUAGAGGUACUGAAGUUAUUACUACCGCAAAAUGAAUCGAGGAGGAGUAUUAAUUUGUAUCAGGUGGACAUGAAUGCCCCAAAUAACGCUAGAAACACAGUUCUUGAUGUACUCUACAAUUCACAAGCUAAUGUCGAAAACAUAAGCAACAAGAUAGGGAGGAUGCUUCAAGAAGUAGGGGCCCUUAGGAGCCAGGACACACCUCAAGUUGCCUCUAGUCAAGGCUCCUCAGCGCAGAGUUGCUGGGAUCUUAUAAUUCAAGCAUCAUCCGAUCGGUUCAAGUGUAGGUUUUGGGACUCCCUAGUAACCCAGCAAAUUAAAGCCUCGGAUCCAAGUCAAAAAGAGGCACUUAUGGUUGUUGCUGUCCUGAUUGCAACCAUCACGUACCAGGCAGUUCUAAGCCCUCCAGGAGGAUUCAAGCAACCUGAGGGACAGGGGAAUCUUAUUGCAAACCAGGUGAUACAAGAAGACCAACAGCAUUUCAAUGGCAAUGUUGUCAUUGCAUCUGAUACAAUUAUGUUCGCCUUCAUUACAAUUUUCGGCUCCAUCGGGUUCUUCUCUUCAGUGCUUAUAAUUGCCAUUCUCACCAGCGGAUUUCCUCUCAAAUUGUUGCUGUGGCUUUCUCUAGGCGCCUUGGUUGCGGAUUUUAUAGCCUCUCUACUUUAUAUAGCUCCGAUUGGGUUCAAUAUCGUAUGUGGGACUGUUGUUAUCUUGGCUGCGUUUCUUGUGACACAACUUUUCUGGAUCAUCAAUCCGGUUGCCUGGAAAUCUCUCAAACUGCUUACAACAAAGACCGAACAUACAUCCAUGCAACCUGUUAGAGCUAUGGCAUGAAAGCUGAAAAUGCAAUGAAAUGAGAGCUGCAAAAUGAUGCUGAAACAUGACUGCACAGUAGCAACAAAGUGACAGCACAGUAGCAACAAAGUGACAGCACAAUGGAGCUUCCCAUGGGCUACAAGAAAUGGCAACAAACUUCAUCAUUUUAGUCAAUGUUUUAGGUAGUUAAUAAUUAUAGUUUAGGUAGAAAAAUAUUAUUGCUUUAUGUGUAGCCUUCCUCUAUAAAAAGGAAGAAAUUGAAUGAAAAUUGAGAGAGAAAGAGAAAGCAUGGUCUCUCCUCUCCAGUUGGGUGAAUGUCUGCACCCUUCCAUGUUUAUGGCUUUAUGUUCUAUGUUAUGUUGUGUUGUUUCUGCUAUAAAUAGCAGAAUAUCAA